AUGGCAUCACUAAAGAUAGGAUAUUCUCCUAGAAUGGAACCUCCAUGUGUAACAGAAGAAAUGUUUGAAGCAUUCCUAGCCACAGAUGACAUGCUUGUGGAUUACUUUAAUGAAUUUUUGAGUCUUCCGACUUUUGCCCAGCCAAUGAAGUUUAACUCUGACGUUGGGGCUUUUGAAGUAGUUAAUUAUGCCCCACAACGCCGGGAAGGCCAGCUGAAAAAAAUUCUACGUGAUCAGAAACCUCCAAGCCCCAUUUAUAAUGGUCUAAGGAAAGUAAAGAAUGAUGGGCAGCUCUCCAAAAUGCACAGUACUUCUUCAACCUUCAGUAUUGAUCCAAAAGACAACACUAUGCAGCUCGAUCAAGAGCAAACAAUUCAGUGGAUCAAGAAAGAAAGACUUCCAGCCUUUCUAGAAAGUGACUGCUAUUUUGAAUACAGGCUGGCUAAAUUGAUAUCACAGGUAGAAUGGAGCAAGACUGGCAUUAAUUUCAUUAUAGAUAGUGACUACUCUCCCUGGGAACUGAAGCAAGGCCCAAGUUCUCCCCCUACUGAGGAGGAUGACACUGCAUUGACUAUGAAGAACUUCCAUGUAUCACUUGGCGAGGCUACAGUUUCUCAGGUGAAGGAUUGGUUUACAUUAGCAAAACAAGGUGAUUCUGUGAAAACUACAGAUUCAUUUACACGUCCCAUACCUUCUGAUAAAGUUCAAGAUACUCAGCUUUUGCCAGGGCAGCAUGAAAGGGACAAAUCAUUAAGUGAAAAAGAUACCCUUCUGGAAGCAGGCUACCUGUCUAAGCAAUGCCACCAACAGUGUUUCCUUUCCCCUUCAGGGACAGCAUCUGCAGAAGCUGAUGUUACUGGUGAGACAUCCAUAGAGGAUGCAGAGGGCUGUUCUGUGGCCAUUGCUGAGCCUUCUUCCCCCAUGCAGUUAAGAGUUUAUGUAGACCCAAAAUGGGACAGCGUAGCAGCAGGAGAAAAUGAAGAGGAAAGCACAGCUUUUCUACCAGCGUCUUCUCAAGCUACAAUGUUUCACCAGCCAGGUGCUGUCAUUGAAAGUACUGUGAAGUUCCACAAACAGCCUGAAGUGUUUACACACAAGUUAGCAAAUAAUGAAUUUGCCCAUGGUACUGCAGAAUCACUCUUUAACCAAAGUUMUUCUCCACUUACAGCCUUGGGCUCCAAGGAAGAUGUAAGAGAACAAGAUGCUGAACAAAUAAGCUUAAGUUCAAGUUCUGAAACUGGUGGACCAGACAGCAGGGCUGCCUGGUGUAUUAGUCACGGGACUUAUGACACUGGCAACAGACAUGAAUUUGAACGRUUCAGGAAGUUUAUUAAAGGAACACUUGGGGAGAGGUACUGGUGGCUCUGGAUGGAUAUUGAAAGACUAAAGGCUCUCAAGAACACUACAAGGCAACAAAGGCAACUCACUAAGAUGAAAAAACUGUACCUGCUGAGCAGUGGAGACUAUUUCCUCAGUUCAGAAGUGUUACUCAGACUUGAACUACUGCAUGGAGAUCAGUGGAAUAUAAUGCAUUUAAGACAGAUUCAGCCUGAAGUAGUGAAACCACUCCUUCUUUACUGGGGUCCCAGAUUUUGUGUUACUCAUUCAACAGCAGUAGAUGCUGCCAGUGCAAAACUGAAAUUCUGGCACACUUGUCAAGAGAGACCGAGGGUCGACAUUGAUCCUUUCCCACAAAUAGUAUCAUUGUUACCAAUGACCCAAAAGUCUGGCAUAGCACCUUCCCUUCGUCAGCAAAAUAGAACAAACUCACCAACAACUUUAUUAAAACUAGCUAAACCAAAUUUCUCUUUGAAGAAAUCAKCAAGAUUACCAUCUACUCUCACAGGAAGUCAGAUUCUUGGAAGAGAUAUUUUUAGCAGUAGAAUAUGGUAAGUACUGAAGUCCCUUGUCACAGACAUGAUUCAUAGCUUAGCUUUGGAUGGCACAAAAGACUCAAAGUACCAGAGUCGUAGAAAGUACACCUAUGCUGAGCUGCUCCGUAGGAAAAGUGCUGCUGGCAGUGUUGUCUUCAGGGGAUCAGGAAUGGAAAGCAUGCUGCAGUCUCUUUAUUUGGAGAACAGAGCAGGCUACUACUUCACACAAUUCUGUGAGAAGUCAGAGAAUAAGUUGUGGAAGAACUGCGUGUACUUUUGGUUUGACCUACAGGCUUAUCAUCAGCUUUUCUACCGAGAAACCCUUCAACCUUUUCCAAUACACAAGCAAGCUCAAUUCCUUUAUGCGACUUACAUUGCUCCAUCUGCCAGUAUGGACAUUGGACUUCAUCAGGAUAAGAAAAAUAUUAUUUAUCAGAAAAUUGACCCAGCCUUUGAGGACCUUUUUGACCCAGCAGAAGAACAUGUCCUCACUAUUCUGCUGGAACCGUGGAUGAAGAUGGUAGAAGCAGACAAAUAUGCUUACGGGAAGGUGGAGUUGGUGGAAGAAACUCAACAGCUGGACUCCGUGUACUUAAGAAAGCUCCAGGCUUUGCAUCAAGUGAGUAGUUCCAAGAAGGAUGAGAGUACUGUUGCCGACGCUGGGGCUCUCAAAGAAGAUCAGGACUUGMAUCAAGUUCCCAAAGAAUUGGCAGGUUCUAAUCUGUCUGACCUGAUCCGUGACAAAGAGAAGUUGGAACGGUUCUGGGCUUUUCUUAAUGAGCAUUCUGCUGGCAUGGAUCUCAUGUGCUGGCUAGACAUYGAAGAGUUCAGAAAGAUGCUCCACGAGGAUAAAGAAAAAAGUGAUGAAAAAUCAAAGGACAUUAAAAACAAGUACCUAAAUAAAAAAUACUUCUUUGGACCCAACAGCCCAGCUACUCCAGAUCAACAAGAAAAGCUAAUGCCUUCAGGUGGAGGAAAGAGACAAAUCCUUGAUGAUCAGCUUUCGGCAGAGGUUCUGCUAGAAGUUCAGCAAUGCGUCCAGAAGAGAUUAGAAGAACAAUGGUUGCCAUUGUUCCUGGCAGAUGAACAGCGUGAGGUGGAGAGACGAGCAAAGGUAAGGGACAUAACUGAAGACUUUUUCAUGCAAAGACAGCAAAAGACAACUGGGAUGUGGAAGCAUGUGGACAAUAAGAGUGUUUCUUCAUCUAGUGAAGUAAUCGCUUUCCGUAAAGUACUGUUGGAUCCAGUGACAGCAAAUCUGUUUCAACGCUUUGUGUCACUGAAAGGAGACCUACUGGGGAAUGGAGUGCUCUUUUGGCAAGAGGUGCAAAAGUAUAAGGACUUGUGCCAUUCUCAUUGCUCUGAUGCCUUGGUUCAGAAAAAGAUCACAGCUAUUAUUGACUGUUUUAUUAAUUCUGCCAUACCCCCAGCUUUGCAGAUAGACAUCCCACCUGAACAAGCAAAGAAGAUUGUGGAGCACAGGAAAGAACUAGGACCUUACAUUUUCAGAGAGGCACAGAUGAGUAUUUUUGCUCUUCUGUUUAAAUUUUGGCCAGAAUUUUCUAAGUUCCAAAGCAAACCAGAUAGUGAAAAAAUUCUACUUGAUUUGGAGAAAAAAAGGGAAAGAAAGAUACGAAUCAAGGGAGGGAAAACGGCAAAGGUAAGGCUCAUAAAGUUUCAAGGUGAAGAAGAGGGGAGAAAACUCAACAGUGCUUUGGUAGAUGGGCUUGAUGGGAGGAGAGGAUCAGCAACAACCUCAGCACCUAGAGAUGGAUAUGGGAGGAAGGCUUCCUGGUCCUAUUCCAAGUACAUAGAAGCCUUGGCGCUGGAGAGAAUACUCAUUAAAAGGCAAGAAGAUAUGGAGAAAACUUCAUCAUCAUUCCCUGCAGGUUCCUUGUCUGUGUCCUUCCAGAAUCCUGAAAGUUCUGAGAAAGACACCAUUCCUACAAAGCGUGAACUCUCAAAUCUUCCCAAGUAGCUGGAAGCACAUGAAAAUCUCUCAGAGGAAGGGAAUGCAGAGGCAUUCAGUGGAGGUGGCCAGGAGACAUAUGCAUGUAAUAUGCAGGCAAGGUUUGUUCUUAAAAUUCUACAGCAAAGAUGAUGACUUGGAAAUAUUAUUGRGAACCAUGGGA